AUGACAGACAAGGCUGCCAGAGCAAGCAUGACAAGUCAAAUUGAUGAGAACAGAAAAUUGUUAGUGCUUUUAAUAGAUGGAUUUCGGUGGGAUUACUUUGAUAUACCUGGCUUACAACUUCCAGGAUUUUCUCGGCUGUUUGAACAAGGAGUAAAGGCAGAUUACAUGAUUCCUGAUUUUCCAACUUUGUCUUUUCCAAAUUUUUCUUCUUUAAUGACAGGAUUACACGCAGAAGAUCAUGGAUUUGUUGGUAAUUUUAUGUACCAUGAAGAAAAACAGAGCAGUUUUGAAUACAAGAUGGUAAAUUUAGAAUCAAACCAAUCACAUUGGUUUGAGGGUGCUGAACCUUUGUGGAUAUCUGCAGUUAAACAAGGAAAAAAAUCAUACAUGUUUGAAUGGCCUGGGUGUCAUGUCCCUGUAUAUAACAUGACUUCUACGUUUUGUGAUAAAAUGAAUGAAUGGCCGAUGGUUGAACGGACGGUACAAAAUUUAAAGAAAGCUGUUGACUUGUUAAAAGCAGACAAAAUUGAUUUUGCCGGAGUAUAUUUGAAUGCUGUUGACAGAUGGGGGCAUAGUUAUGGUCCAAACUCUAAAGAAGUUUUUGACAUAUUGAAACAAACUGAUAAUGCUAUACACGAAAUAUUGUCAAUGCUUAAAACGUAUGACUUAGCAGAGAAUACCAACUUAGUUAUAUUUUCUGACCAUGGAAUGACAGAGAUUUCGGAAUCUCGAACAAUUGAUAUAUCAGAACAUAUUGGUAGUAUGGAUGUCACAGCUGUUAUGGAUAAAGGUGCGGUUUGUAGCAUAUGGCCAAGAGAAGGAAAACUAGAUAAGGUUUAUACAGGUCUAACGGAAAUGGGAAAUAGUCAUAUGAGAGUGUUCAAGAAAGAUACUAUACCAGACCGCUGGCGAUAUAGGAAUAACAAAAUGAUAGCUCCAAUAAUCGUUGUGGCUGAUCUUGGAUGGUACAUUUUAACACCUGAUGGACCAUCAAUAGACAAAUACAUGAAUGGACCAGCAAAGGGGCACCAUGGAUACGACAAUGCAGAGGAAGACAUGCGCGGAAUAUUUCUGGCGAUGGGUCCAGAUUUUAAGAAGAAUUACAAGACUGGACCUGUCCGGGCAGUAGAUAUUUAUCAAGUAAUGUGCAAAGCACUGAAAAUACAACCUCUUCCACAUAAGGGUGACUGGUCAAGGGUUAAAGAUAUAUUCAAAUGAUCAUAAAAAGUUCAAUUAACA